UAUGUUAUUGGCUUUUUCGGCGUGUUUUAUGGUUUCACUCUCUUCUGGGCAAUGCUAGACAUCCACGAUGGCUGCGAUCCUUAUGGGCCUUCUCUCGUCGCGGGCCCCUGGACCUUUCCGUUGAAUCUCCUACUUGGCCUCUGGGUCAUGGCAUUGAGUUUAGCCCUGGGGGCACUCUUCUUCUUCAUGGCUCUUCUCAUCAUAUUCCCAACCAACUUCCUUCUCAACAAGUUCCUUCCAAGUAUCAUCCGCCCAGAGAACGACCUCGGAGCUAGCAUCGGGAUCCGCCAAGGCUUUGCGUUCUUUCUGUGUUUGAUAGUUAUCGACGUUCAGCUCUGCGUUACUGAUUUGAAGUCAACGCUUGUACAGUCGCUGAUUAAUUGGGCGUUCUUGGUUGCGAUGGUGCUCCCUGGUUUCAUCCUUAAUAUGUUUUUGGAGAAAUAUGCGGAGUCUUUUCCGAGGGUUUCGAGAAGUGUAUUUAUUACGUGGGAGGAUGAAACGAAGAGAAGGGCAGUGGCGAGAGGUCCGAAGGAGAACCCAACUGCAUUGUGUUUUGGUAUGUUUUUGUACACGACAGUCUGGUGUAUUGCCUGGUAUUCGUACAGAUACAACCCUGAAGGAACUGUGGACAGAGGAUGGACCGGAGUCUUUGGAUAAUCGACAAUGAAAGUAUUUGGGCAAACGGGAUAAAUAAUUG